AUGUCCGCUGUCAAGCAUAUGGUUGCCCAUGAGAGGGACCUGGUUGAUAAGGAGGGACGAAAGCCCGAUUAUUUCUCACGCGUGAUAAUUGACGAGGUCGCAGGCUUCACCAUCGCCGCAUACGAGACCACCAGAACCACGCUCUGCUGGGGUUUCAAGUACCUCACCGACUUUCCUGAGAUCCAGUCCAACCUCCGUCGCGCCCUUGAAAAAGGGUAUAUGCCAGCCACGAGGACCGGACGCUCCCGAACAAUUCAAGAAAUCCUCAACACAGACGUCCCCUACCUCAAAGCGGCCGUACAAGAGAUCCUCCGCUUCACGAACCUCGCAACAGCCUUUGACCGACAAGCCCUAACUGACACCCAGAUUCUCGGGCACGCUGUUCCCAAGGGCACAAUUGUGACGUGCGUACUCCUGCAACCUGCCCUAGUCAGCCCUGGUGAUGUUUCCAAACUAUCUACUGGGUUAUAA